AUGUACGGCGGGCUGGGCGCGGAGGACGACGAGGAUGGGGUGCUGGAGGCGUAUGCUGUGGAUGAUUUGGAGGAGCUGGAUGCGGUGGAAGGGGGUGAUGGUGCAUGGAUGGUGGAGAGCGCCUCGGAUGAGCGCAUUCCUCUCCACACUGCUGCUGCCGGUCGUUCCGACUGCUCCUCGCCUCUCAGAGGCGCCGCCCCUGGCGUCUCAGGUGGUGCCUCUCCUGCUUCUGGGUAUGGCGGCGGGGCGUAUGGGCAGCAGGAGCAGUACGGGCAGCAGGGGCAGUACGGGCAGCAGGGGCAGCAGGGGCAGUAUGGGCAGCAUGGGCACUCCAGCAGCAGCGGCAGUCUGGGGCAUGUGUCGCCUGGUCACGGGCAUAUGUCUCCUACCAUUGCGCGUCUCUCACCUGGUUCAGGUCAUGCCUCUCCCAGCAGGGGCCGUGCCAGUCCGGGUCAUGCAUCCCCUGGGCGGGGCUAUGCUGCUCUCGGCCCUCAAGACAGUGAUCCGCGCGACGGUGCACUGACUGGCUUGCCUGCUGCUGCUAUCGGUGCUGCUGAUUCUUCUGGGCCUGCUGGUGCUACUGCUGGUGCUGCUGCCGGUGCUGCUAGUGCUCGCUCGCCUGCGGCUGCUGGUCGUGGGGCGUAUGGGAGAAGCCAAGGGGUUGAGAACGGUGGAGGAGGGCGGAUGUCCGCGCAGGCAGGCGCGGAGCAGCAGAGCGGGGGAGAGCAUUCCGCAGGAAGGGUGGACGGGGCGGGUGGGGGGAGCGGAACCGGCAAGGGCAAGCCUGGGCGGAGGAGUGGCGAGGGAGGCGGAGGAGGGCAAGCAGGAGGGCGGAGAGGGACGUGUGGGGAGGUGGGCGGAGAGGGGAAGACGAUUUAUGCUGGUGCAGGGGUUGCAGCAGCAGGGGCCGCGCCAGGUGCUAGUGCAGAGGCGCCUGGUAGGAAAGGUGCAGGCGGGAAUGGAAGAGGAGGAGGAGGUGGAGGCGGAGGGGGUAUUUCAGAGAUAGCACUGGCCCGGAACCUGAGUCUGCAGGUGAAGAAGGCAGAGCAGCAGGUCUCCCUGGACAGGAAUCUGUCUCUUCGCAACAUCAAGAAGCAGGGCAAGGACCUGGUACCAAAGCUGACCACUCUGCUCAAGAAGUCAGGUAUGUGUGGCAGGCUUGGUGCAGCAGGGGUGGGUGCAGCAGGGGUGGGUGCAGCAGGGGUGGGUGCAGCAGGGCUUGGUGCAGCAGGGCUUGGUGCAGCAGGGCUUGGUGCAGCAGGGCUGGGUGCAGCAGGGCUUGGUGCAGCAGGGCUGGGUGCAGCUGGGCUGGGUGCAGCAGGGCUUGGUUCAGCUGGGCUGGGUGCAGCUGGGCUGGCUAGCUCAGCAGGCGCGGGAAUAAGCUAUGCGGGCGCGGCAGGGCUGAGCGCAGCAGGCGCGGGGAUCAGCGCAGCGGGGGCGGGCAUCACUGCAGCGGGGGUGGGCAUCAGUGCAACGGUGGGGAAGAGACCGCCCAAACCCGGGCGGUCUGCGACUGAGAAGGAGCGCUCCAUGCCUUCGCUCUCCAUGCCCUCCAUGCCAAGGUCACUCACCCUCUCAAGGCACAAGGACGGGCCUGAACGGCCAGAGAAAACUUUUGGGGACCUACCCGCACCCAAGCGCACCCAUUUCCAGUACUCUGAGCUCCAG